AUGUCAGCGAAAGCCAAAGCCAUUUAUACUUUUCAAAGUGAAAACAAAGAGGAGAUCAGCAUUCAAGAGAAUGAGGAACUGGUUAUCUUUGACGAGAACUCAGUGGACGGCUGGUUUCAGGGGGAGAACAGUCGAGGGGAGAGGGGUCUCUUCCCUGCAUCCUAUGUGGAAAUUAUUCGCACUCGUUCAAACUCUAACGUGACUGACUGCUCCAUCAGUCCAGCAGGCUCUUUAGGAAAUGACUCCUCCUAUUUCCCUUCAACUCCAAACACCACUCUUCACAUGCAACAGAGUUACUAUGACGACGACGACGAUGACUGGGAUGACUGGGACGACAGGUCCACAGUGGUGGAUGAUGACCAUAGUAGGAGCCCCGGUGCAAAUGGACAUGCCCAUCAGAGCCCACUGUCCAACAACCCUAAUAUACACUACCGGGCCAAACCGCACAUGGACAGACAAGACAGCAUCUCCAGCUCCAGGAAAGGCAGUAUGGUGGGCAGGAACUUGAACCGCUUUUCCAGCUUUGUCCGAUCAGGGGUAGAAGCCUUUGUGCUGGGUGAUGUACCCAUGAUGGCAAAGAUAGCUGAGUCAUACACCAUUGACAUGGGUCCCCUGGGGCCCCGAUGGAAGGAGAGCCCACAGCCUUUCUCCUGCUCCAUUGAAGACCCCACAAAACAGACAAAGUUCAAAGGCAUCAAGACCUACAUUUCGUACCGGGUCACACCGAGCCACACAGGGCGCCCUGUCUAUAGGCGCUACAAACACUUUGACUGGCUGUACAACCGUCUACUGCACAAGUUCACUGUGAUCUCCGUGCCUCACCUGCCUGAGAAGCAGGCCACGGGGCGAUUUGAGGAAGACUUUAUUGAGAAGCGGAAGAGACGACUGAUACUGUGGAUGAACCACAUGACCAGUCACCCUGUCCUUUCCCAGUAUGAAGGUUUUGAGCACUUUUUGAUGUGUGCUGAUGACAAACAAUGGAAGUUGGGCAAGAGACGAGCUGAGAAGGAUGAGAUGGUGGGUGCCCAUUUCAUGCUGACCCUACAGAUCCCUAACGAGCACCAGGACCUUCAGGAUGUAGAGGAGAGGGUGGACACCUUCAAGGCCUUUGCUAAGAAAAUGGACGACAGCGUCAUGCAGCUGACACAUGUUGCCUCGGAGCUGGUGCGUAAACACCUCGGUGGAUUCAGGAAGGAGUUCCAGCGGCUGGGAAAUGCCUUCCAGUCUAUUAGCCAGGCAUUCAUGCUGGACCCUCCCCAUUGCUCAGAUACCCUCAACAACGCCAUCUCCCAUACUGGCCGCACCUAUGAGAACAUUGGAGAGAUGUUUGCAGAGCAACCUAAGUAUGACCUCUUCCAUAUGCUGGACAAGCUGUCUCUCUACCAAGGCCUGCUCGCCAACUUCCCAGACAUUAUUCAUCUACAAAAAGGUGCCUUCGCUAAGGUGAAGGAGAGCCAGCGGAUGACUGACGAAGGGAAGAUGGACCAGGACGAGGCCGACGGCAUUAGGAAACGCUGCAGGACGGUCGGGUUCGCCCUCCAGGCAGAGAUGAGCUACUUCCAUCAGCAGCGAGAGGUGGACUUCAAAGACAUGAUGCAGGCCUACCUCAAGGAGCAGAUAGCCUUUUACCAGCGUGUUGUCCAGCAACUGGAGCGCACCCUGCGCAUGUACGACUGUCUGUAAAGACAUCAAACCGCUGCCUGGUGCAAGAUGCCAAAAAACGUACACACACAAGACAAAGGAAGGACGGCCAGUGGCUUGACUCUUUACUCAAGGCUUUUUGUAUUGGUCCUGUUUGGUUCAGUUUGAAAAGACUUGCAGAUAAAUGAAGCAGCAGUUACUGGAAGGACAAUUCAAAGCCAGUCAUUCUUUCACUUUGAUGGAUUCAAAGAUGCGUUUCUUGUUAUUUUAAAGACCUACUGUAC